CGCGGUAGUUCCUUACUUCCUGGUUGAAGAUGGCGGAUGAGAAUGAGACAGCACCGAUGCCGGAGAAAGAAGAUGUAGAGGACCACGGACACUGCAGUGACUGUGAAAAUGAGGAGCACCACUUUGACGAUGGUGAGAGGGGUCUUGGGGACGACACUGGCGCCAAGAAGAAGAAAAAGAAGCAGAAAAAGAAGAAGAAAUCUGGUGCCACAGAAGCAGCUCAGGACCCCCUUGCCAAGGUGAAUUCAUUGCCAGCUGAUAAGCUACAGGAGAUCCAAAAGGCCAUCGAACUGUUCUCUGUUGGCCAAGGUCCAGCCAAAACCAUGGAGGAGGCCACUCGGAGGAGUUAUCAGUUCUGGGACACGCAGCCUGUCCCCAAACUAGGGGAGACUGUGACAUCACAUGGCUCCAUCGAACCCGACAAAGACAGCAUUCGAGAGGAGCCCUACAGCCUCCCGCAGGGCUUCAGCUGGGACACCCUUGACUUGGGGAACCCUGCUGUGCUCAAGGAGCUUUACACCCUUCUCAAUGAGAACUAUGUGGAAGAUGAUGACAACAUGUUCAGAUUUGACUACUCUCCCGAGUUCCUGCUCUGGGCCCUGCGGCCUCCUGGCUGGUUGCCCCAGUGGCAUUGUGGAGUGAGGGUUAACUCCAACCAGAAGCUGGUCGGCUUUAUCAGUGCCAUUCCUGCCACCAUCCACAUUUACGACAUAGAGAAGAAAAUGGUUGAGAUUAAUUUCCUCUGCGUCCACAAGAAGCUUCGAUCCAAACGAGUUGCUCCAGUUCUGAUCAGAGAGAUCACCAGACGGGUCAACCUGCAGGGAAUCUUUCAGGCUGUGUAUACUGCUGGAGUUGUACUGCCCAAACCUGUGGGCACAUGCAGGUACUGGCAUCGCUCUUUGAACCCUCGAAAACUAAUCGAAGUGAAGUUCUCCCAUCUGAGCAGGAACAUGACUAUGCAGCGUACCAUGAAGUUGUACCGCUUGCCAGAGGCCCCAAAGACUUCUGGUCUGCGGCCAAUGACCAAGAAGGACGUGCCAUUGGUGCAUCGCCUCCUCCGUGAAUAUCUGAGCCAGUUCAACCUGGUGCCAGUUAUGAAUCAGGAAGAGGUGGCACACUGGCUGCUGCCCCAGGAGAACAUUAUCGACACUUAUGUGGUGGAGAAUGAUGGCAAAGUGACAGAUUUCCUGAGUUUCUACACACUGCCCUCUACCAUUAUGAAUCAUCCUGUGCACCGCAGUCUAAAAGCAGCGUACUCUUUCUACAAUGUGCACACCACCACCCCCCUGCUUGACCUGAUGUCUGAUGCCCUCAUCUUGGCCAAAUCGAAAGGGUUUGAUGUCUUUAAUGCACUGGAUCUAAUGGAAAACAAGACUUUCUUGGAGAAGCUUAAGUUUGGCAUUGGUGAUGGAAAUCUACAGUAUUACCUGUACAAUUGGAAGUGCCCCAGCAUGGGCCCGGAAAAGAUUGGGUUGGUUCUGCAGUGACAUCCCUUCUACAGCAAAAGCAAGUGGCACCACUAGGUGAGGAGGCAGCACCAUUGCACUGACCACCUGACAGAGGGACUGAUGACCUCCUACAUUAAGAAUGGAAACCCACCGCCCAUUUUUACUUUUUGACCUUUUGAACUUUGACCUGCACUACCGCUGCCAGGCAGGGAGGCAGGGGAAGUCUUCAGCUCUUCCCUCCUCUCUUGAUCACAUGGACCUUAAGCCAUUGUAGUUACCAUCCCAAACAACUGUACAUCUGAAAGCUGUCUUGAUUGUACCAUGCACACACAAACACUCACAAGAACAGUUUGCACAGGUUACUGGAUACCAAACGCUCAUUGUUGGUGACAAAUAUGUGUAAAUAACGUCAAACAUAAUUGCGGAUUACACCCUAACGCAUACAGGCUAGAACCUACUGUUUGUUGGAAGAUAAUAAUUCUGUCAUCAAGUUUUAGAGAUAAAAAUAAUCAAAAAUAUUUUAAAGAAAAAAAGGCUGAAAAGGUGAGAUGAUGAAUACCAAAAGUGUACACAAGAUAAGGGCUUCUGUUUAGCAUUUCCUUGUCAUGCUUGACCCUUUGUCUUUUUAAUUUUGCUCAUCACCAUCUGUUCUAGCAGUCAGAGAGAUAUUUGAGCACAUCUUAAAGAUGAAUGUCAGAGAAGGCAUCCAUCUUCAGGAGCUCGUCAUUGUUGGUAAUGUCCAUGACCCUUCUCCACAGCUUACUGCACUAACUAAACCCCUGUCACACAGACUGAUAAUGGAUCAGACAAAAAUCAAUCAUUUUCUAUGAGGUUAGUCUGCUAUGGAGAGGUUUAAGGCAUUCUGAUCAACAUUUAUCAGCAUGGAUCCAGUUUAUGACACCUUGAUUUCCCAGCGCUCCAGUUGCAAAAUCCACCCUAAGGAAUCUGUGGACUUGGACUUGUAUGCGGUGAAGUUUUCCUUGAGCUCAUAUGCAGACUUCGCUUUAGGGAACCACACAGGAUGUCUUAAAGAAUCAAAAAUGUAAUAUAUAAAUAAUACUAACUAAAAUAUAACAGACCAUAAACUGACAAGUUUACAUGUCUUAUUUGAUGAAAUGACAUCACCGAUAAUGUACUUUUUCUCUGCUACAAGAAGUCUGAAAUAUUAUUAGCCAAGAUGAAAUUUUGCACCUCAUACAGCGUAUUUAGCCUACACUGAUCAUGCCAUCAGUAGGUGAGUUUCAGGGUGGGUGUUGGAACUGGGCCUGUGAACAGCAGUCUGGACUUGCAAGACAUGCAGUGUGGGUGGAGGAUGAUGAUUAUGAGGACUGGGAAAAUGCCCCAGUUAAGAUAUUUCUUUUGUAAAAUGUUGGUUCUGUUUGCAAAUGGAUGUAAAAAUGAAUAAAUGAUGAAUGGUGCA